AUGAAAAAAGUGGGCUGGGACAUGAACUGAGCAAGGUGGCACAUUUAGAAGAUCUUUGCAGCAGUAGUUCCUGACCAGACUUCCCUAAAACUGUCAUUGCUGGCUUCGUGUGUGAUCCUGUCCCCUUGUGUAUCCGGUUGAACUCCCAUCAUACACUUCCACUUCUCCCUGUUAUUGCUGUCAUGAAUGACUUUAACUUACUCUAUGUUAUACUCGGCAUUGUCUUCUGGUGCUGUUUCUUCACCUGCAGCUGUCUGUGCAGGAGCGCUGCCAAUCCAAACUCUGAGGUGGCUGCUGCUACCCACACCUUGGUCACUGCCACACCUCAGCAGUAUCCACAGCAGUACCCUCAGUACCCAGUACCCCCUCAGUCCUAUCAGAGAGUGCCCUACCAGCCAGUACCAGGGCACCCUGGUUACCCAGCUAUGCCUGGCAAUCAAGCUGUGCUCAUGACCAUACCACUCAGCCAUGAACAGCCAUUUACGCCACCACCAUCGUAUCAGGAUGCAAUUGGUCCCACCUAUCCUCUGCAACCAAUCAACCAAUCUUCCAGCCAGCCAAAGCCUCCAGCCCAGCCACAGUCCAAUGCUCUAACUGACAGCUCAGACUUCCUCGCCAGCUCGGCAAACAACCAGGAAUUUGUUCUGCCAUAUAGGCUGGAUUCUUAGUGUAUCAAUCAGACAGAAAAUUUUUUACCACCUGUGGUUAAUUCAUUAUUUAAUUCAAUUUGACAAACUAAGCCUUGUACACAGGGAAAGUUGUUGUUUGUUAUGUUUUUUGUGUUCACACGGACAGAAGACUUCCCUGCUAAGGCGUUUAUUUUUUGCCCCAUCUUAUAGCCUCAUGUCCAAAAUGGUUGGAAACGCUGUGCAAAAUGUAAACAAUUACUGAAUGCAGUGAUGUGCAAAUAACAUAAAGAUCACAUU